AUGGCCUCCAUUAUGGAGCGUGCCGAUGAAAAUCUCCUACCAGCCGUCUACAAAGAAGUCAGUGAAGCUUUUACCGCUGGGCCCUCAGAUCUCGGGUACCUCACCUUCAUCCGGAACUUCGUGCAGGGGUUGGCGUCUCCGAUGGUGAGUAUUCUAGUAAUUAACCAUGAUCGUCCAACAGUUCUUGCCCUGGGCACCCUGUGCUGGGCUUUAUCAACCGCAGCAGUGGGUGUUAGUCAGUAUUUCUGGCAAGUUGCGUUUUUGAGAGCAGUGCAUGGGUUGGGAUUGGCAAUUGUGAUACCGGCGCUCCAGUCUUUUAUAGCUGAUAGCUAUGCGGAUUGUUCGAGGGGGGUUGGGUUUGGGGUCCUCAUUCUUAUUGGGACUGUGGGUGGUAUAGGAGGUGGAGCUAUUGCGACGGUUAUGGCGGGUUAUGAGUUCUGGGGUGUACCCGGGUGGCGUUGUGCGUUCAUUAUGAUGGCAACACUCGGUUCCUUGAUUGGUUUUCUGGUGUUUUUGUUUGCGGUUGAUCCAAGAAAAACAAUGAAAAUUGAUCAAGAGUCUGGCGAGAAUACGGAAAGGGAUGUUCUGUUAGCUAAAGGCAAGGACAGAACAGCAUCAACUUGGCUGGAGUCCUGGACGGCAAUGAAAAAUGUCAUGAGAGUGAAAACAUUUCGGUUCAUUGUCAUGCAGGGUCUUGUUGGAUCCCUGCCUUGGACAGCCACCGUGUUCUUAACAUUUUGGUUUGAACUAAUUGGUGAGCAUCUUCUUCCAAGCUUUGGUAAUUCGGUUGCUUCUCGUUUUAGGGAUGUUCUGUUAGCUAAAGGCAAGGACAGAACAGCAUCAACUUGGCUGGAGUCCUGGACGGCAAUGAAAAAUGUCAUGAGAGUGAAAACAUUUCGGUUCAUUGUCAUGCAGGGUCUUGUUGGAUCCCUGCCUUGGACAGCCACCGUGUUCUUAACAUUUUGGUUUGAACUAAUUGGUUUUGAUCACAACAGUGCAGCAACCAUCAAUAGUCUCUUUGGAGCUGGAUGCGCCAUAGGAUCCUUACUCGGAGGCCUAAUAGGAGAUCGAAUUUCACUCAUUUACCCUAACUCAGGACGUAUAAUGUGUGCACAGUUCAGUGCUCUCAUGGGCAUCCCAACCUCAUGGUUUCUUCUCACAGUAAUCCCACAGUCAGUGAGUAGCUAUUCUGCAUAUGCUGCCACCAUCUUCAUCAUGGGCCUUACCAUCAGUUGGUCUGUCUCUGCUGCAAAUGGACCCAUGUUUGCCGAGGUUGUUCCGACCGAAAAUCGGACCAUGAUUUAUGCAGUCGAUCGUGCUUUCGAAAUGUCCUUCUCUUCUUUUGCUGCUCCUGUUGUCGGAACUCUUUCGGAGAAGAUAUAUGGGUAUGACCCAACCUCUGUUGAUCCGACUGCAGGGUCUGCACAAGACGCCUAUGCGUUAUCAAGAGGGCUUCUUGCGAUGAUGGCAAUUCCAUUUGGUUUGUGUUGCCUGUUUACUCGCCUUUGUAUUGGUAUUUCAAGCGAGACUGCGAGAAUGCUAAAAUGUCCAGUUUAG